UUGGGGGAUAGUUGCUCCAUGAUAUGGUAUCACAACUUAUUGUAGAUCCAUAUCUUGGGUCACCCGCAGAUGUUCAAUUUUGCAAACUUUACACUCCAGAUGUUUUGCCCUGGGUGUGAGGAGUCCGAGUCUAUCAGAUUGCUGAGCCUACAGUUCCUAGGAAGGCUUUUGGUUGGCCUACCAUCUGAGAAGAAGGGGUCAAGAUUCUUCAAUCUCCCAAUGGGUAGAUCCAGAUCUAUAUUGGAAAGCCAAAGGAAAAUCAGAAUGCAACCAAUUUUCUUGGCUAUAUCUGAUAGGCAUUUUAGCUUUCCACAGCCAUAUAAUCUAUGUGCUACUUUAUUUGAUGUUCUUCUUGGUGGUGCUAGCCCCAAACAGGUUUUACAAAGACACAACCACCUUGAGAGGGUGAGAAGCAAGGGCAGUAGUUCUCACUUUUUACUUCCUCAGAUGUUACCUACGAUUUUCAGAUAUCUGUCUGGCUGUGAGGAUGCAUCCGCAAGAAUAAAAAUUAUCAGAGAUAUACUUGACCUCCUUGAUUCAAAUGCUUCAAAUGUUGAAGCUUUUAUGGAAUAUGGGUGGAAUGCCUGGCUAACAUCUUCUAUAAAGCUUGGUGUGUUAAAAGACAACGAGGCCAAGUUACCGAAUCAAGGUGACAGUGGGAUGGAUGAGCUGCUUUUGGUGAGAAAUUUGUAUUCUCUUGUUCUAUGUCACUAUUUGCAUUCUGUAAAAGGUGGCUGGCAACAGUUGGAAGAGACAGUCAAUUUCCUUCUUAUGGACUUGAAGGAAGGUCGAAAUUCAUAUCGAUUCUUUCUUCGUGAUAUAUAUGAGGAUUUUGAUUCUCACCUUUGAUUUGGAAAUUGAAUGUCACAAGGAGUACAGCUCUGCCUUAUAGGAAGUGUUGAUAGGAGAUGCUGAUGAGCAAACAUGGAGAAAACCACGGAAUUUUAGGCAGUCAAUACCAAAUGACGGUGUGUUCAACAGUUCACCUUAAUUACUUUUGCCUUGUCUUUUAACUGCUGAUGAUGAGCAAAGCAAGAGUAGGUUGCAGCUUACUAUCUGGUCAGUGAUGAAGCCAAUUAUAUGAAGAUGUCAAAAACUGACCGCACCCAGCAGAUACAGGAACUUCAUUCCAGAAUAGAUGAAAACACCUUAAUUGGCAGAAUCUACUAGUAAGAAAGCUUUUGAAGAUGAGAUACAAAAUAGCUUAAACUCUGUUCUAGCUUCGGAAGAUAGCAGAAGAGUUGAUGAAAAUCUUUGCAAUCCUCUUUCUGCCACUGCUAGUGGGGGUGGUACUCCUGUCAGUGAAAGUAAUCCUGGUUUUGUGGGUAAAAUACCUGAACAAAUGAAGCAGCUCUUGCUGAAAGGGAUGAGAAAAAUAACUGAUGAGGGGAUCAUUCAGAUUGCCAAUCCUCUGACUUACCAAAGUUAAGGAUACCAUUGACAGAAAGGAUACUAUAUAUGCAAGAACGAAAAGAGACUUACUCUUCACCAGUGAGAUAAAAGCUGUUCAUUGGACUCAGUAUUUUCUAAGAUAUACUGCAAUAGAGAUUUUCUUCAGUGAUUCUGUUUCCCCUGUAUUUCUAAAUGUUGCAUCACAGAAGGAUGCAAAAGAUAUAGGAAACUUGAUUGUUACUACAAGAAAUGAAUACACACUAUCCAAAGGAAGUGGAAGGGAUAAGAGUGGAUGUAUUAAUUUUGUAGAUCGAAGAGUAGCACAACAAAUGUGGCUUUGGUAACCAUUAUUUUCCAGUAGGACGAAUGAACCGCUCAACGGUGUUAACCUAACACUAGUAUAUUGUACAGACAGGCUCCAAUGCCUUAUCUUUACAGCAGAAGGAAAUGGUGUCUCACAGGGCCGUGGAGCCCUUUAUACCAAAAAGGCGGCCGCCUAAGGCCCCCAAAAAAAAAAGUUUUUUAGGCCCAAUUUUUUGUUUUGUUUAAACAUGACCCAACGGCCAAAUAGUGAGGCAAGCAUAACUGCAUAAGUCAAGGUAUCGACAAUAAGUGGAGCAUGGUCAUGGGUCUGUAUGCCCAAAAACCCUAGCCGCUAGAGAGAAAGCUCCCAACAACAGUGCCACCCCCCAUUGGGGCUUCUCCCCUUUGGGAGGUUCCUCCUCCUUCAUGGAGGUUUUUCUUCCUUUUAGAUAGGUGUUUCUCCCACAAUAGGUGGGUCUUCUUCCACACUAGGUGGAUUUUCUACCCAUUUAGUGGGUUUGUCUUCCUUUUAAGUAGGAUUUCUCCUUUUUUGUGGCCACUUCGGUUGGCUUCCACCCUCUGUCCCUGCCUCCGCCUCCGCCCACCCUUGACCGCCGCUAAAGCGCCGCCGCCGCCUGGCCUCUGCCGACGUCGCCUCCGUAACCAUCCUUGCAUCCCCCCUCACCAUCCUUGUCUCCCUCUCUGUUCUGGUUGUGUUUGGUGCAGAUCUGCUUCAGAUCUGUAGAUCUACAGUUGUUCUAUUUUUCAGGAUCUCAAUGUCUUUGGAUUGACUCCCUACAAGUGCUGUUGGAGCCACGAUCUAAGCUGCCUUGAAGAUCGUUCAGAGCGAUGCAGCCCCGACAGAGUCGGUUGAGUUGCAAGAAGUUGAGCAGUUGUUUAAAAUGGAACAUUAAUACUGCUCAGAAAGUCAGUUUGAUUCAUUGGUGAUCUUUGAAAUUUUGGAUCUCUGUAGGUGUUAGUUUGUUGAUUACUUGUGUCAACUUGACUGUAAAUGCCUUGAUUUUAAUGGUGUUAUCUGUAAUGCAUUGUGAUUUCAGUCCUUGAGAGUAGUCUCACUGAUGUAAGUGUAUCUCUUGUAAGUGCCUCUGGGCAUCCUUUGAAUAUCAAUCUAUGAUCCUUUGACAAAAAAAGGUAUCGAUAGUAACUGGAAUGAGAAAAAAAAGGAGAUAUUUAUGUA